AUGCUCAAGGAACCACUGCAACUUGGAAAACUCGUUGGCUCUGGCUCACAAUUUGAGGUAGAACAGUCGCCAUUUGGGGCUGGCGAUGAUGAUUUUAAUGUCGACGAAAUGGAAGAUUGUGAUAACGCUCCAGAUGUUGAUGAAGAAGAGCUCGCUUCUCCAUCGACCCAAUCGUUCGAGGAACUCAAAAAAUUGAUGGAGCCGAUCAAUGAAAACAUUUUUAAGCGCAUCACACGUGAGGGGCACCAGGGCCGAGGUCUGGUGCCAGACAAGGCACGUGUCGCUGUGCGCUAUAGUGGUUAUUGGGAAGGCGAGAGUUCUCCUUUUGAUUCCUCAUUGAUGCGCCGAACUAAAUUCUAUUUUGAGACCGGUGCAGGUUGCGAUGUGCUAGAAGGCCUCCAGGCUGAUGUACUUACCAUGCGCCCAUAUGAAAAAGCCGAAUUUAUUAUAUCCUAUAAGUUGCUAUUUCACGAGAUGGGCUGCCCGCCGCGCAUUAAACCACGUUCAGAUUGA